GUCAAAUGCCAUACGACGGUACUGACUACUGUUUUGUGUUUUCAUUGUUUUCGCAAAAGCCGGCAAUCGGUUUGUUACUACGUUUAUUGUUCCGUAAAUUCCUCAUAUCGAUUUGGUUUUAUUUCAUCAAACAAACUGGUUUUUGUUAGUAAAUUUAUUAAUUCAUCGUUAAAGUUGAAAGCGAUGACUGUCAUAACGCUUAUCUCGUCUAAUAAAUGUUUCGGUGGCUUGCAGAAAAUCUAUUCGCAUAAGUCCAAAGAGUUGGACUGCGAAAUGAAAUUCGCUAUCUUUUUGCCAGCGGCAGCCGAAGACGCAAAGCUCCCGGUUCUCUACUGGCUCAGUGGAUUGACUUGUAAUGAAACAAACUUUAUCCAGAAAUCCGGGGCCCAGCGAUACGCUGCCGAACAGGGACUUAUUGUGGUUUGCCCGGACACUUCCCCCCGGGGAGUGAAUUUACCGGGAGAGGAAGAUUCAUGGGAUUUCGGAAGUGGUGCCGGAUUUUACGUCGACGCCAGUAAGGAUCCUUGGAGCAAACACUACAAAAUGUUUAGCUAUAUAACUCAGGAGCUGAUCGAUGUGGUCCACAAUAAUUUCCCGACGAUCCCGGACAAACAAGCUAUUGCUGGGCACAGUAUGGGCGGCCACGGUGCGUUGAUAUGUGCUUUAAAAAACCCUGGACUUUAUAAAUCGGUCUCGGCAUUUGCUCCGAUUUGUAAUCCGAUCAAGUGCCCUUGGGGUGUUAAGGCUUUUACAGGAUACUUUGGAGAAACUGACAAAGACGAAUGGAAAAAUUGGGAUGCGACAGAGCUAGUCACUGGCUAUAAUGGACCUCCGUUGGAACUCUAUAUUGAUCAGGGCUCGGAGGAUAGUUUUCUUAAGGAUGGUCAACUGUUACCGCAUAAUUUGGUCGAAGCAUGUAAGGCUGCUCAGUUUCCUUGUGUGUUGAACAUGAGAGAAGGAUAUGACCAUAGUUAUUUUUAUGUUGCUUCUUUUAUUGGUGAACAUAUAUCUUAUCAUGCGAGUCACUUCAAGUAAGACCCAAAGCAUGCACUUUGCUAGGGUAGCAUUUAUAUCGAAAGUUAUGGAAAUUAUAAGCUGAAAACUGUUUUAUUAAAGUGAAA